AGUGUCGUUAACGUAGCUAGUAUAUGAAGUUAUUGCUUGCGAACGUUAGCUAACUAGCUACAUGGUUGGUUAGAUAACAAACCUUGCGCCAUCAGGCUCAUAGGAGAUUGUUUAAAUACUCUCACGGUAAAGGUGAUGGCAUCUCUUUGACAAAAAGCAAUUAUGAAUUACUCGAUCGUUAAAAUCUGAAAAAAAUGCGCGAAACCAUUUGAUGAAGCGUGCGAGAAAGAAUGCUGUUGUUAACCGGAUGUGGAAGUAGUUUUUUCUCUUCGUGUAAAAUAGGACUUUCUCUGACUUCCCCCGGAAAACCAACAACUUAAUAUCAAAGAGUUUCCUGUCAUGUAUUUAAAUGUCGUUGUUCGUGGUUGUUAAAUAAUUUAGGUGAAUGAUUUAAUGGAUAAUGUAACACAUGGCCGCCUCUUGAUCGUUUUCACCACCGAGGCGUAUAAGAUGGCUACUCUUCGUCUUCAUCUCCACGCUUUUGCUAUGAAGAGAGCCUCAUGUUAUAGUGGGCUUUCAUGAUGUAGUAAUAGUAAACCAACCAGCUAACUACAAUGUAACGACAACCAAAAAAGUGCACAUCAAGCUAUUCACAUUUUAUUUUGUGUCCAACAACACACUGCGUGAUUGUUUACGGAUGCAUAGGUCCGAACAACGCGAAUUCAACAGUAUAACUAGCCUUUUUUUCCCUGUUGGACGUUAUGUAAAACUACCAUCACUCAUAUCAGCAUUGAGCGAUAACAAAGGGUUUCGAGUGAUGUACGUUAUAUUUGUAGCAUAACCACUAACUUCGUUACUUUACAACAUUAAUUGUGUUUUGCACAAAUGGGACGUCUGAUAAGCAUGUGUCCGGGAUUGGCUCGACUCAUUCGCCUAAAUUGCACGAGUCUGCAGCAACAAUAAAAGCCCGUUUGUUCUCCAGAGAUGUGUAGCCUAGACACUCCACAGAACGAAAUCGCGCCCCUUUGCUGCCGUGUGUCUUUUUGGGUCUAUUUCACGAUUGAUUUCUUGCAUUACUAACGUUAAGUUGUUAAACAAACCACAUUUUAUUUGUCACAUGCUUCGUUAACAACAGGUGUAGACAAACAGUGAGAUGCUUAGGGCCCUUCCCAACAACGCAGAGAGAAAAAUAGUAACACGAUGAAUAAAUACACAAUGAGUAACGAGAUCACUUGGCUAUAUACAUGUGGUACCAAUACCCAAUCCAUGUGGAGAGAUGUCGCUGGUGGAUUUGGGGAAGCGGCUCCUUGAGGCCGCACGGAAAGGCCAGGACGAUGAAGUCAGGACACUCAUGGCCAAUGGGGCUCCCUUCACCACAGACUGGCUGGGCACAUCUCCGUUGCACCUGGCCGCCCAACACGGACACUAUUCCACCGCCGAGGUGCUGCUCAGGGCAGGCGUCAGCAGAGAUGCCCGAACCAAAGUGGACAGGACCCCUCUGCACAUGGCUGCUUCAGAGGGCCACAACGUCAUCGUGGAUCUAUUAGUCAGGAGUGGCGCAGACAUUAAUGCCAAAGACAUGCUGAAGAUGACUGCUCUCCACUGGGCCGCCCAGAAUGGCCACCAAAGGGUAGCAGAGACGCUUGUCAAACAUGGCGCCGAUGUUCACGCUCUCAGUAAAUUUGAUAAGACGCCGUUUGACAUCGCAGGAGACAUCCAGAAUGCAGACCUUAUGUUCCUACUACAGGAGGGAAUGCAGAACCAGGUGAACAUGAACGCAGAGGCUGGCAUGACGGGGAGCUCGGCCCAGCCUCAGUUUAUCAUCCAGGGCAUCCCAGGGCUCCCGGGGGGUGUGGUCAACCUGGCGGACCUCCUCAACAACAUCAACUCGGCAGGUGACUCGGAGGAAGCCAUAGCAGCCAAUUCUUUGGACCCCGGCAGCAUCCAGCACAUGGUGAACGAGCAAGGUCAAAGGGUUAUCACCAUAGUGACCGACCAACACGGUAACCUGCAGACUGGAGGGCUUGGUCAGCCAUUCUUUGUCACCAUGCAGCAUGGACAACAGAUGUUGGCGAUGCCAGCCAAUCAGGUGACAGAGGAGGUGGUUGAGGAGGAACCCCAGCCCCCGCCUGCCCGCAAGAGGAAACUCGAGGCCUCGGCCAACCACAUGGAGUCUGGAGACACGGAGCAGUUACAGAGGCAGCUGCAGGAGGCCAACCGGAAAGCCCAGGAGUACCGGCAGCAGCUGAUGUGCAAAGAGCAGGAAGCAGAGCAGUACCGUAUGAAGCUGGAGGCCAUGUCGCACAGCCAUACCAACGGCACCUUGGAGCAGGAGGAAGUGGUUGAGGAGGAGGAGGAGGAGGUGGUGGUGCUCCAGGAGGGAGACAUCAUCAUCAAGACGGAGGAGCUGGACUCGGCCGAGGAGCAGGUGACGCUGGUGGAGUCGGUGCCCUCCCACACCGAGGUCAUCUCAUAACAUCAGACAGACUGAUGUCACUGACGGAAGGAGAAAUGGACAUGAACUCAGGCGACGGGGCAGCCUAUCAGCGUUUUCAUAGCUCUUUGUUAAGUUUUUCCCCUUCUGAUUUUCUUGUUUUGUUUUUGAACUAUAUUUACUUACUUUCUGCCAUUUCAGUAGUUUUUUUUCUCUCUCAAUCAUGUUUUUUUUUAACAAGUAGCGAAGGGAUGAGCUGAAUAGGAGGUGCAUCACAGGUUGGUUGAUGAGCCAGAAUGGGACCUGCUCAGCCUGUGGAUAAGGUUUCCUGCCUGAAAAACGUAUAUGCUAUCUGAGAGAAACGGGUCACUCAGUCUCUGUCUAUGGUGUCUGAGACAUGUCAAUGGUGUGGGAAAUACAUUUUCAUGUUGCCAACUACAUAUCAUAAGAUGUCCAAGACAUGUCCAUCCAUGGUGCCAGAGGACCAGUCUGUGGAGAGAACACUGUUUUUGUUCAGUUCCUUCGGGUCUCAAAAGUCGCCCUCUGCCUCACUCCUCCAUCCUACCACCCACCAUCAUGGGCUCCACUGCAAUGGGAAUUGUAUUUAUUCUUUUCAAAUGGGUAUUCUUAGUCUUACAGGACAAAUGACAGGGCAUGUAGUUGGCAACAGUCAUUCCCAACAUUUAUUGGACUCUGCAUUCACAAUGUAAUAAUGAAUUGUUUCCAAGUUGGGAAUUGCAGUGUUUUGACUUUCAUGGCACCACCUUAGCUUUGUCCUCUGUGGUUGUUAUGGUCUGUGCCACUUCCAGAGUGCAGUGGCAAUUAUAGGUUUACUGUUGCAAAAGCCACAACCCCCCCCCUCACUGCUGAUGUCAAUACAAAGAAUAACCUCCUCCCGUUUCAAGGCCCCUGUGGCUUUAAUCACUAGUAGUCCCACUCCCCAAAGCCGGAGAAGGACAGGAAUAAGGCUUUCAGAUUGCUGUGUUCUUAUGACAAUGACUAUUUCCCAUGUCCCGACACUUGUUUCUGCUACAGUUACUGUGCCAUUCUGUCUUCUCCUACCCUGAAUGAGAAUGUGGUCAUCUUCUGGGUUAACAUUCAUCUCUCAGGGUUGAAGGGUGUUAAUGGAAAGUCAUCUCUGCCUGCUAUUCAGUAAGGGCCAAUCUAAACUUGAGAUGCCAACGCUGAUUUAAGUUGUGCCUACAUUUUGCAUUGACGUCAAUGGGGGGGAUUUCCACUGAAAUUCGAGUUCAGAUUGUGGAUCUCAAGUUCUGACGUAUCGGAUGCUCUUGCCCAGGUUUAAAAUUACUUUAGUGGGUCUAACAGCAAUUUGAGUUUAACCAUGUUGAGCGACAGAUAUAAAUACACGCACACCAAUUUGAACAUUAAAAUAAUGUGAAUGUACACUGAUCUGUGGUCAGUUUGAGAGGAGGACAUCUUGUAUAAUUAAUUUUCCAACAUGGCUAACUGGGUGGAUGAAAUACACCACAGUUUCAGAAUUGAAACCCCCUCAGACAACCUCUUUACUUUGUGGAAGAGGCCUGCUGUUUUGCUGGAAUACCGUUCCUAUGGCGGUCUCCACUCACCCAUUGUAAACUUAGACCGCUCUCUUCCUUUGAAGUCGAUGUUCUCCACGAGUAUGAUAUUUUUUUAUAAGCUCUCAGCAAGCCUUUUUAUUAUGUACAUAUAAAAUUGUAUUUUUAAGUGUAUCUGAAUGCUUUGGAAUGUAGAUUGCCUAUAUGAGUUGUAAGCACAUUGUCCCUUUUUAGUUUAGCAUCUCUUUGCCAGAUUGUAUAGGUGAACGUGUAUGCACCAAAUUAUUACAUAAUUCCAUUUGACGGGUUUAUAGAUCUACCUGUUUCGCUACUGCUCUCAGUUAAGGGCACUUGACCGAGCCAUGAAUGACUUUGUGUGGACUUCGCUUGCUUUGAUUUAAAAGUAUGAAACUCCCUUUUUAAAAUGUUACAACUGGUUUAUGGAACAUGCUUUGAAGUAUUUGUUGAAUAACUUCGGUCUUCUCAGAGAUGGAGAACCGGUUGCUCUACCAUUUCCUCCGUUUUGUUUUAGACAUUGUUCCAUAUUGACCAGCAGGUGGCACUACACUUUAACGGACUGGUCUGUGAAAUGAAAUUGAACAGGGAUCAUAUCUAUAUUUCUUACCCUCAAGUGAGUCGAUUUGCUGCUAAUACAGAAAGUGAAACGACUGUAGAGUAUCAUAUGGUGACGUUGAAGAUUUAUUAAAUGCAUUCCUUUUUCUAACUCAUUUAUGUAAGGUGAUAUUUCACUUGUACUGCCUACCUGGAUAACAUAAUUGAAAAUAAAAUACAAGCUCGUACCUGCAAAUGAUGUGGAUCUUGGGUUUAAAGACUAAUUAUAUAUCCUCACUGUAGUCAAGAUCCUUCACUCACUAGUGUCCCUCAGCCACAUUUUAAAGAAAAACUACACCCCAAAACUCUCUUUUUGUUAUUUUUAUCAACAAUGGACAGAGUUUCCUUUAACUUCCCUCAUUUGAUGCAUGCAGGCCAAGUUCUCCAACUGUUUGGGAUUUGCAAUGUCGAACAGCUAUUCCUGGCACUGCAGUGAAGUUACCUGUAUUGUGAAGCUUUAGAGUUGUCUGAUCUGACUUUUACCAUAAAGCAUCUGAAAACAUUCUGAUAUAAAGACUAAUGGAAUAUACCAGAUCCAGAAUUCUAAUUCUAUCUCUAAUGGGAUACAGUAGACAGAACACGAUCAGGGACUUUCCUCUUGACAGUUUUGAGAAGAUAAGGAACGAUGGUCUUGCCACAAGAAUGAAUGUGUAACAACUAAUGUAGGAUAGUUUUGUAUUGUUUUUUUCUUCCAAGAGAAGUUUAUGGACUUUUUUAAAGAAUCAAAUAAAUGCAAACUUAUACGAGGGAGAA